AUGGGUCGACCAGAUCAAACUCCGAGUCCGCGAAUGAACAAUAACUUUAAUCCGAUGUUUCAUGCACAACCUGCACCUGAACCACCGGUUUACAAAAAGCAAAUGGUCCAAACGCAGCAGAAAUAUCCCAACAAUGGUGGAAUGGUUAACCAACAAAACCAAGUACCAAUGGCCAGACCCGGUCAACCUCCGUAUAUCCACAACAAUGCAACAGUUAACCAACCUUAUGUAGUACCAAUACCCGGAGCAGUCCAUCCUCAGCCAUCGAAUUGGACUUCUGGUCUUUUUGAUUGCUUCAACGACCCCGAAAAUACUAUCAUCACAUGUUGCUUUCCGUUCGUCACGUUCGGACAGAUCGCAGAGAUAAUCGAUGAAGGCGCAACCACUUGUGCGACGGGUGGAAUGUUAUAUGGAUGCAUAUGUUGUCUGUUUUGGAUACCAUUUGUAUACUCAUGCACAUACCGGACCAAGCUCCGAAUGAAAUUCGGGUUACCGGAGGCUCCAGCUCCUGAUUGGAUCACUCAUUUUUUCUGUGAUUAUUGUGCAAUUUGUCAAGAAUAUCGUGAACUCAAGAAUCGUGGCCUUGAUCCUGCCAUUGGAUGGAUUGGGAAUGUGCAAAAGCAACGAAUGCUUCAACAACAAGAGAUGAUGGCUCCUCCAAUGGGUCAACGAAUGAUGGGUUGA